CACCUGUCUUCCUUCCCUUCCAUCUCUCUCUCCCUUCUUCCACCGCUGACAUCAUCCCUCCCACUCUCUCUCUCUUUCUACAACUCUCUACCUCUACCACUCCUUCAAACCCUUGUCUACCUCCCUGGCCUGUACUCUGGGGUCUUCUCUGCUAGACUGCUCCAAUCCUCUCUGACAUCUCAUCCCUCUAGCACUCAUCUCUUCCUUUGGUUUCCCUCUCUCUCUCCCUCUUGGCCUCUCUCUCUCUCCAUUACUCCUUCACUCGUCUUUCCUAUCUCCCUCCCACUACCCAUCUCUCAUCUGGUAGUACGUUCCAACCUUUAGGGUUGUGGUAGGCCAGGCAAAAGCUGAUCUGUAGGGUGUUUAGGUUCAUCGUCCGAGGUGUGGACAGCCCUGGAAAGUGAUUUUCUAAGGCCAUAGUAGGCUAGGCCUGUGGGUGGCAUAGAGAGGUGUAGGCCUCUCUUAUGAGGUAGUUGUAAAGACAUCUCUAUGUGUUGUGUUAUGUUUUUAUACCAGUUGUUCGUGUGUGUUUUGUGUUUCAGGUACAGAUGUUUUUUAAAGGUUGUGUGUGUGUGUGUGUUUGUUGUGUUUCAGGUACAGAGGUUUUAUAAAGGUUGUGUGUGUGUGUGUGUGUUUGUUGUGUUUCAGGUACAGAGGUUUUAUAAAGGUUGUGUGUGUGUGUGUGUGUGUGUUUGUUGUGUUUCAGGUACAGAGGUUUUAUAAAGGUUGUGUGUGUGUGUGUGUGUGUGUGUGUGUGUGUUUGUUGUGUUUCAGGUACAGAGGUUUUAUAAAGGUUGUGUGUGGUGUGUGGUGUGUGUGGUUGUUGUGUUCAGUGUACAGAGGUUUUAUAAAGUUGUGUGUUGUGUGUGUGUGUGUGUGUGUUUGUUGUUUGUUCAGAUACAAGGUUUUAUAAAGGUGUGUGUGUGUGUGUGUGUUUGUUGUGUUUCCAGUACAGAGGUUUUAUAAAGGUUGUGUGUGUGUUUGUGUGUGUUUGUUUGUUUUCAGGUACAGAGUUUUAUAACGGUUGUGUGUGUGUGUGUGUGUUUGUUGUGUUUCAGGUACAGAGGUUUUAUAAAGGUUGUGUGUGUGUUUGUGUGUUUGUUGUGUUUCAGGUACAGAGGUUUUAUAAAGGUUGUGUGUGUGUGUGUGUGUGUGUUUGUUGUGUUUCAGGUACAGAGGUUUUAUAAAGGUUGUGUGUGUGUGUGUGUGUUUGUUGUGUGUCAGGUACAGAUGUUUUAUAAAGGUUGUGUGUGUGUGUGUGUGUUUGUUGUGUUUCAGGUACAGAGGUUUUAUAAAGGUUGUGUGUGUGUGUGUGUGUUAUGUGUCUUCAGGCACUGAGGACAUCCGUCUGAAUAAUGAGUGUAACAGUGAUCCAGUCUGUCCUCCUAAAUGUCGCUGUGAGUCCAACGUGGUGGACUGCUCCAACCUCCGAAUCAACAAGAUACCAGAACACAUCCCUGCCUCAACCACUGAACUGUAAGAGCACACACACACACACACACACACAAACACACACAUGUUUGAAUCUUCUUCAGGAUUCAUGGUUGUGUUUAUUUAACCUCUGCUUUAUUCCAUGUUCUGGUUUCUCCUCUCUCUCUUCCCAGUCGUCUGAACAACAAUGAUAUCACCACACUGGAGGCUACAGGAGUCUUCAAGACCCUCUCCCAACUCAAGAAGAUGUAAGUUAAGGUUUAUGUGAUGAUAUCUAAUUGAAUUAGACAAAGAAAUGUCUCACUAGUCCAGGUACCAGUCUGUUUAGCCACAAGUACAAGGAGUGGAAUACAAGGAGUGGAAUGCAAGGAGUGGAAUACAAGGAGUGGAAUGCAAGGAGUGGAAUACAAGGAGUGGAAUACAAGGAGUGGAAUAGAAGGAGUGGAAUGUUAGCUAAACAGACUGGUACCUAGGCUAAUGUCUCACUGCUGCUCCCAUAAAAAGUUAACUAAAGUUCCCUAAAAUGAUUUUUUCAUCUUUCUUUAAUCACCAUUAUUUAUUUAUUCUCAGUAACCUUAGCAACAAUAAGAUCACGGAGAUCGAGGAUGGGGCGUUCGAGGGGGCGGGGUCUGUCAACGAGCUCCAUCUCACAGCCAAUCAGCUGGACUCUGUUCGCAGCGGAAUGUUCAAGGGACUGGAGGGACUACGCAUGCUGUGAGUCACACACACACACAGUCACACAGACACACACACACACACAGACACACACACACACACAGUCACACAGACACACACACUCACAGACACACACACACACACACACACACACACACAGACACACACACACACACAGUCACACAGACACACACACACACACAGACACACAUAUACACACACACACAGACACACACACACACACACAGUCACACACACACACAUGCAGUGACGCAAACAGACGCAGGUGCACACAAGAGCACACGUAGGCACAAAUGUAGGCACACACACUCAUGCAUGUAUGUAUGAGAACCUACAUGCACAGACGUUUAAUGUGCUAGUCUUUUGGCACUCCACACAGCGGCUGUGGAAAGAGACUACCCAUGUACUAACACACACAAUAAAUGACCGAAAUCAUCCAAAUCUUUUCCAACACUAUAUCUUUCUCCUAAUGUUUGAUAUUAUAAACAUUUCAAUAUACUUCAUAUCAAUUCACAUUGGAUGUAUGCCAAUUAAGCUGUUUUCUCUAUUCCAGAAUGUUGAGGAACAACAAGAUCAGCUGUAUCCAUAACAACAGCUUCACCGGCAUGCACAACGUUCGCCUGCUGUCUCUCUAUGACAAUCAGCUAACUACCAUCACCCCUGGAGCCUUCGAUACCCUGCAGACACUGUCUACACUGUAAGAUACACACACACAGGCUUCUGAUCGAUGCUUAUGACACACACACACACACACACACACUCACACUCACACUCACACACAAACGCACACUCACACACACACACACACACACUCACACUCACACACACACAAACGCACACUCACACACACACACACACACACACACAAACGCACACUCACACACACACACUAAAGUCCGUUUUUUGGAGCCGUACCCGCCCGACGCCGGCCACAUCAAUUCUGAGGCCCACCCAAUAUCCGACAUCUAGACAGAUUUUUCUCCACAACCCACCUGCAUAGAUUUGUUCCGAGAGCCGAUCCAUUACCCGCCAUAUAACAUCAAUUUAUUUAAUUGUUUUUAUGUCUCCAGAGUAGUAGGUGUUAAAAUUAUUAUUAUUAUUAUUAUUAUUAUUAUUAUUAUUAUUAUUAUUAUUAUUAUAAGGCUAUUAUUACUAUUCCCCUUCCCUGCAUGAAUUAAUUUGUCUGCAUGUCUAUUCAUCAUUUGGAGAAAAGGAAACCAUGCCAUGAAUUAAGAACGAUAUCCUUUUAUUUUCACAAUGCAAUGCGUCACUCGCUUUGAGAAAAGGAGCCUUCUAAUUAGCCUUCUUACUUAAUAAAAGCCUAUAGCCGACAUAACAAAACAAUACCUUAACUUUCAAUAUUGUUUAGCUAAUCAAAUAGUUUAGGCCUAUUUAAAACUUAAAUAAACGAUUCCCAGAAUCGAAAAUAGGCUGCAAAAAUAGGCUACAUUUAUGUAGAUGACUACCCAAAUGUAAGCCCCCCUCCCCGUCCUUAAGUUAGAACAUUUUUGCAUUUUUCAAACACCUGAAACAGCUUUUUUCCUGCAAUCUAGAGCCAUAAUCAUUAUGCUGAAUUCUAUGUAAAAAAUAUGUUUAUUUUUCUGCAUAUCAAAGCAUACCUCUUGAGCUGUCUGUAUCCUCCUGACUGGAAAACUAAAUAGGCUUCUCUGCUAUAAUCUGGGUGAAAGAUUGAAAGGAAUGUGAGUCGUAUUCAGUAGAUUUAGUUGUUGCUUGCUUUUCUAAAGUCUACCAACCUUGCCAGCAGGCAUGCCAGCUAAGAUAGUUAGACAAGCUAGCUAUUAUAACUUAAUUGAUAGCCUGAAAUGGCUUCUUGGUACCCUAGUUAUGAGGUUGGGAGAUUGGGAACCUAUCUGGGCUAAAGACAACUUCAUAAAAUUGCUAGGUGGCUAGUAGUAUUACAGAGAAACAACAACAACAACAACAACAACAACAACAAAAUACACAAUACAAAAUAUGUAUUUAUUUAAAACAGCACAAAUCUGAGGGGGCACGUGCCCCUGUACCCACUAUGGGCAUGACGUCUCUGCAUAGCUGGUACUGUAUGUCUGCCUCUCCGCUCACAGAAUGGAAUUCACAACACAACAAGCUCCUGCACAAAAAAAAAUGUGUUAUCUUGAUUUCAAAUGUUUCCGACUCGCAAUGUAAAUGUUCUGAACUGUGAGCCGACCCACGGGUUAAAAUAAUGUUUUCAUUCCACCCGCCAGCUGAUUUUUUUGCGGCUCACCCGUGGGGAACCAUGGGUAUCCGACCUGAUGCAGAAUUCUAACACACACACACACACACGCACACACACACACACACACACACACACACACACACACACACACACACACACACACACACACACACACACACACACACACACACACACACACACACACAGACAUACAGCAAGUUAAAGCUUAAUUGGUGUAAUUGUUAAGUCUAACUCUCUCUCUCAAUCCCUCUCUCCAUCAGUAACCUCCUGGCUAACUCCUUCAACUGUGACUGUCGUCUGGUCUGGCUUGGUGAUUGGCUGAGAAGCAGGAAGAUCGUCACGGGCAAUCCUCGAUGCCAGCGCCCCGCCUUCCUCAAAGAGAUUCCACUACAGGAUGUGGCACUGCCUGACUUCCGCUGUGAAGAGGGUGAGUUAGGGUCAACUCACACACACUAGCACACACAGUUCUGCUAUGAUGGGGGUUACAAGUUUCGUCAUGCCAACCUCUUCAAGUCAUUUGGGACUGAAGGCUGCAGAUUGAAGCACAAUAUACAGAAAAAGAGAGUGGGGUUGGCUGGCACUGUCCCUUUAAGAUAGGGAUAAUUAUCUGUUGAUGGCCCUCAUUGUGUGGGAGGUAAGUUAACCAGCCGGGACUGGACUGACAGAACAUGCUUCCCCAAUAUAUCACUCCUCUUUCUUUCAAAGUCGAAAGAAGGUUGAAUGUGACUCUAGGUAUCCACUGUCUUUGUUUUUAUUUUGUUUACCAAGCAAUUUCACACUCAGCAGUACCUAGGCUUCUGAUCGAUGCUUAUGACACACAUACACACACAAACACACACACUCACAUACAAACACACACACACUCACACACACUCAGCAGUACCUAUACCUGUGGUCGAUGCUGGCUGAGUGUUAUUGAGCUGUUUGCUGUAUUGACCAGUGGAUCUGCUUCCUACUGAGAAUAAAUACUAGGUAUGUCUUUGUCUCUCCACCUUUCCACUAUACUCUCCAUCUAACAUCUCAUUUCCUAUUUUCUCUCCAUCGAACCUCUCAUUUCCUGUUUUCUUCUCUAUCUAACCCUCAUUUCCUGUUUUCUCUCUAUCUAACUAUCCCUAUACUCAUUCUAUCUCUCUAUCAACUCUAUUUCUCCUCUAUCUAACAUCUCAUCCUGUUUUCCCUCUAUCUAACCUCUCAGUUCUCUCUACUAACCCUCAUCUUUCCUAUCUAAUCCUCAUUUCCUGUUUUCCUCCUCGAUCGAAACCUCUCAUUUCCUGUUUCGUCUCUAUCAAAACCUCCUCAUUCAUUUUCUUUCUAUCUAACCUCUCAUUUCCUCUUUCUCUCUAUCUAACCUCUCAUUUCCUGUUUUCUCUCUAUCUAACCUCUCAUUUCCUCUAUUCUCUCUAUCUAACAUCUCAUUUCCUGUUUUCUCUCUAUCUAACCUCUCAUUUCCUCUAUUAUCUCUAUCUAAUCUCUAAUUUACUGUUUUCUCUCUAUCUAACCUCUCAUUUCCUGUUUUCUCUCUACCUAGCCUCUCAUUUCCUAUAUUCUCUCUAUCUAACAUCUCAUUUCCUAUUUUCUCUAUAUAUAACCUCUCAUUUCCUCUAUUCUCUCCAUUUAACCUAUAAUUUCCUAUUUUUUCUCUCUAUCUAACCUAUAAUUUCCUAUUUUCUCUCUAUCUAUCUAACCUCUAAUUUACUGUUUUCUCUCUAUUUAACCUCUAAUUUCCUGUUUACUCUCUAUCUAACCUCUCAUUUCCUCUAUUAUCUCUAUAUAAUCUGUAAUUUACUGUUUUCUCUCUAUCUAACCUCUCAUUUCCUAUUUUUUCUCUACCUAGCCUCUCAUUUCCUAUAUUCUCUCUAUCUAACAUCUAAUUUCCUAUUUUCUCUAUAUCUAACCUCUCAUUUCCUCUAUUCUCUCCAUUUAACCUAUAAUUUCCUAUUUUCUCUCUAUCUAACCUAUAAUUUCCUAUUUUCUCUCUAUUAGCCUCUAAUUUACUGUUUUCUCUCUAUUUAACCUCUAAUUUCCUGUUUACUCUCUAUCUAACCUCUCAUUUCCAGUUUUUCUCUAUCUAAUCUCUCAUUGCCUCUAUUCUCUCUAUCUAACCUCUCGUUUCCUGUUGUCUCUAUCUAAUCUCUAAUUUCCUAUUUUCUCUCUAUCAACAUCUCAUUUCCUCUUUUCUCUCUAUCUAACCUCUCAUUUCCUGUUUUCUCUCUAUCUAACCUCUCAUUUCCUCUAUUAUCUCUAUCUAAUCUCUAAUUUACUGUUUUCUCUCUAUCUAACCUCUCAUUUCCUCUAUUCUCUCUAUCUAACAUCUCAUUUCCUGUUUUCUCUCUAUCUAAUCUCUAAUUUACUGUUUUCUCUCUAUCUAACCUCUCAUUUCCUCUAUUCUCUCUAUCUAACCUCUCAUUUCCUCUUUUCUCUCUAUCAACAUCUCAUUUCCUGUUUUCUCUCUAUCUAACAUCUCAUUUCCUGUUUUCUCUCUACCUAACCUCUCAUUUCCUGUUUUCUCUCUAUCUAACCUCUAAUUUCCUGUUUUCUCUCUAUCUAACCUCUCAUUUCCUCUAUCUAAUCUCUAAUUUACUGUUUUCUCUCUAUUUAACCUCUCAUUUCCUAUUUUCUCUCGAUCUAACCUCUCAUUUCAUAUUUUCUCUCUAUCUAACCUCUCAUUUCCUAUUUUCUCUUUAUCUAACCUCUCAUUUACUGUUUUCUCUCUAUUUAACCUCUAAUUUCCUGUUUACUCUCUAUCUAACCUCUCAUUUCCUGUUUUUCUCUAUCUAAUCUCUCAUUGCCUCUAUUCUCUCUAUCUAACCUAUCAUUUCCUGUUGUCUCUCUAUCUAAUCUCUAAUUUCCUAUUUUCUCUUUAUCUAACCUCUCAUUUCCUGUUUACUCUCUAUCUAACCUCUCAUUGCCUCUAUUCUCUCUAUCUAACCUCUCAUUGCCUCUAUUCUCUCUAUCUAACCUCUCGUUUCCUGUUGUCUCUCUAUCUAAUCUCUAAUUUUCUAUUUUCUCUCUAUCUAACCUCUCAUUUCCUCUAUUCUCUCUAUCUAACCUCUCGUUUCCUGUUGUCUCUCUAUCUAAUCUCUAAUUUUCUAUUUUCUCUCUAUCUAACCUCUCAUUUCCUGUUUUCUCUCUAUCUAACCUCUCAUAUCCUAUUUUCUCUCUAUCUAACCUCUCAUUUCCUAUUUUCUCUCUAUUUAACCUCUCUUUUCCUCGUUUACUCUAUUUAACCUCUCUUGCUAGAUGAAUAAUCAAACCCACCUUCUCCCUCCCUCACUCUCCAGGAGUGGAAGAGAUGAGCUGUGUGCCCAGGCUUCAGUGUCCCAGUGAGUGUACGUGUCUGGAGACUGUGGUACGCUGCAGUAACAAACACCUCCGUGCGCUGCCCAAAGGCAUCCCCAGAAACGUCACCGAAUUGUGA